AUGUCUGCCCCGCACAACAACGACGAAAUCGAGGAUGCGCCCGAGAUGCUCGAUGUCGAUGAUGCGCUCGAAGAGGUCGAGGACGCCGAGGGCGACAUUGCCAUGGACUCGGACGACGAGCCCGAGGAAAUUAUUCUCCAAAACGACAGCAUAGCCUACUUUGACCUCCACAAGGACUCCGUCUUCACCAUUGCUCAGCACCCAACUCAACCCUCUCUGAUUGCGACGGGCGGAUCAGAAGGUGAAGGUGAGGAUGCGCCCGGUAAAGGCUAUGUUUUCGACACUAGUUCCAUCGCUGGCAGACCUGUCCUUCCUCCCAGCUACAACUCCGACCCCAAUGCGACACAGCAAAAGAGCACCGAACUGACGCCCCUCUUCGAGAUUGACGGCCACACGGAUUCGAUCAAUGCGCUCGCUUUCACACUUCCGCGAGGCCAGUACCUGGCAUCAGCAGGCAUGGAUGGAAGACUCAGAGCCUACCAGCUCUCCAUCGAUGCCCGAAACAAGGCCACCUUCACUUUUGUGGGCGAGGCACAAGAGGUUCCCGAGAUCAACUGGCUGUUGCCCUGCCCUUCGGCACAGUACCCCAACACGGUAGCAUUGGGUGCCUCUGAUGGUUCGGUUUGGGUGUACACCAUCGAUGCUUCCGACUCUUCCAACCCGCUCCAGAUUGUGCAGAGCUACUUCAUGCACCCCGAAUCCUGCACAGCUGGUGCAUGGUCCGCCGACGGCACGUUUCUCGCAACCGUAGCCGAAGAUAGCUCUCUACAUGUGUGGGAUGUUUGGGGCGAGGCCGCUGCCAAGGGCCUUACCAACGAGAACGGCCAAACGGUGGUCUCUCUCACUGGUGCUGACCAGCGCUUCGAGGUUGAAGGUGGUCUGUACUCAGUCGCUAUCGACCCGAGAAACGCCUUUGUUGCAGUCGGCGGAGCUGGCGGAAUUGUCAAGAUUGUUGCCCUGCCGCGGAUAGGCAAUGCGGCAGCGACACAGGCCCAGCCGCAAUCCAGCAAGCAGAGCAAGGCCAAGGCCAAGGGCGGUGAGGCGAGCGGAAGUCAGGGUGGUGCUAUUCUGGCCAGUCUACAAUCACAGAGCGACGGAAUCGAGACCCUUGCCUUCUCCCCUACUCAAAGCCUGCUCGCCGCGGGCAGUGUUGAUGGAAGUAUCGCCAUUUAUGACACCGCCAGGAGAUUUGCUGUGCGAAGACAUAUCAAGGAGGCCCAUGACGAGUUCAGUGUUGUCAAGGUCGACUUUGUUCAGGGAAGUGGUGAUGGAUGGCUGCUGACCAGCUGUGGCAUGGAUGGUGUCUUGAAGAGAUGGGACGUCAGAGGCGCAACCCCGAGCGGCAACGUGAGCUCGGCGAGUGCGGCUGGCUUUGUCAAGGAAUGGCGAGGUCACAGAGGAGAUGGCGAGGGAGGUGGUAUCCUUGGUUUCGUGCAAGGAGGUUCGGGCGAAAGAGUCAUUACAGCUGGUGAUGACGGAGUAGUACUCGUAUUUGAGGCUUAA